AUGCCGCUUCAGGCGUUCUCAUUCCCUUUACCUGAAACUAGAUUCUUUCAGGUUGGCCACCAUGUCUUCAAGUUCAAGAUAAGGCGAGGGAGCAAAAAGAGUGGAGAAGAAGAGAUGCUGGAUAGGUCGUUUGUCAAUGAGGAACUGGAGCAUGCAGUACGAGUUGUACUGAUGAGCCUGAGCAGUCUUCAGCCCUUCACCACACAGCAUUUCAGCAUCUUCCCCUAUAAGAGCCGAUGGAAGCGAGUGUCUGAGCUGAGCUUCAGGAGGGGUCACGUGAAACUUUUUGCUUACCCUUACCUCAUUACACUCUAUGUAGAGGCAACUGAGAAAGUCCCUCCGCACACUGUGAACCGUGCGAACGAAUGGAUCCCACCAGUGAGUAGUUUUAAUCAUCUAAGGCACGUCUGUGACACAAGUGUGUUUUAA